AUGGUAGACUACGCUACCCCCUCUGUUCAGGGCCAUAACAUUACGAUGCUCCACACUAGCAUCAACAAGGCUUCUGUGCUCCAAGCUUAUACUGCAAUAAAAGUGCAGAGAGUGCUCAGUAAGCCAAGCUCCACAGCAGCGUGCCAGAACAUGCCUUAUCUUUAUGCUGUGUACUAUUGCCACUAUAUUGGAGAAGGAAGAAUCUAUGAGGUGAGCAUGAAAGCAGAAGAUGGGAGCACAGUAGUAGCAAUUUCGACUUGCCAUGCCGACAGUAAGGAUUGGGCACCAAUUCCAAUGUGGUUUCAAGCCCUCCCCGUAGCCCAAAAGGCAGAUCAAUACAAUUAUGCUUGCCAUUUCUUACCUGAUACCCACAUCAUUUGGGCUUCUGUUUAA